AUGCAGCACACCAAAGGACUCGAGUCUCACGAGCUGGGACGAACGAUCUCGCGUUCGCGCAGCACCAGCAUGUCCAGCGACUCGCAACUCUCCCGUUCCCAUUUUCUCGCUCCCCCACCAGUGAUCCCCGCGCCCUCGUAUAUCGCCUCGUCUGCGGCCGCUCAAAUUAUUACUGCGGACCAAGAGUUCAACGCCGCCGACUUUGUGGCCGACGAUGAAGGCCACGAGUCCAGUGCGAGUGCGCUUGUCACUCGUGAAGCCCUCUCUUCUCUCAAUGCAUUCCUCGACAACAUUCUCUUCAACAUCCUGGCCGCGGCCAAGUCCACUCAAUUGGUCAAGAUUCGUCCCGCCGUUGCCGAAGUGUUAAAGCCUCGACUUGCCAAGGAGAUGGUGUCGGCAGCUGAUGACGAGUUAAGUGAAUACCUGGGUGGACCGGAAGACGAGCAGCUGGAAUUUCGUAGCGGCCAAACCUCAAUUGGUGAAUUCGACCUUGUGCGUUCCUGGAAGCUGACCCGUCUGCGGUGUAUGGUCUACACGCGGCUGGGAGACAUGGAAGAAGAUGAUGAAGAGGAAUACAUCAACCAGGAAAUCAUAGGCGAAGAUGGAGGCGGCCUCCGCAGGCUCGCCAGCCAUGUCGGUCACAUCACGCCUGCUGCCUCAAUCUUUCUUACCUCCAUCAUUGAACACAUGGGUGAGCAAGCCCUAAUCAUUGCGGGCGAGAUAGCUCGGUCUAGACUAUCAGCAAACCUUGAGGAUGAAGACGAUAUGACGGAGACGGGCGCAAACCGCGCAAGCAUGGACCGACUGGUCGUGGAAGACCACGACAUGGAGAGGCUGGCGUUGAACCCCACUCUGGGAAGGCUCUGGCGGACUUGGAGGAAGCGUAUGCGAGGAAACAACUUGUCGCGAGCGGUGUCAAGGGAAUCUCUCGUGAAUCGCCAGAGCUUCGUUUUCGGGCCCAGCAGUAGGAAGAGCAGUGCGAUCACAAUCGAUGAGAUCUCGCCGCGUACCGCAUCAUCGCGGUCUGUGAAUGAGCCGCUUCCGGAGAGCCAGGACGAAGUUGACCCGGCCUCCGUCCCACUGCCGAUGAGUGAGCAUGAUGUCCAGGAGAUUGAAACCGCAGGCUUCCUCCCGGAGCUCGACACUAGCGACAUCCAGACGAUGCAAGCCGUUGUAGCCCAUAAGGUUCGACCCCACAGCCUUAUGGUGCUGACGCUACCCUCACCAAGAUCGCCCUCAUCGAGCGGGAACUCCCCUAUCACGCCAAGAUUAGUUAACAUUAAAUCCCCGCGCCAUGCUCGGUCAAGGUCUUUGCCCAAUGCUGCUCCUACGGAUGAACAACCAUCCGAAGUUGAGCAGCCCGCCGAGCGCACGUCGCCUACUCCAUCAGAGGAGCGAAGGCGCCUGGAGACGAUGUACGAGCAUGACGAGGAUGACGAGCGGCACGGUGGAGCGGCAACUAAAUCAGAGACCGCCGAACAAAAUGAACCGGUGGUUCCUAGCGCUGCACAGGGGGCCGCCGCGACCCCGUCCACAUCGGUCGCAUCGGUCGUAGCAUCGAGUGACGCUAGUAGUACCCCAGUGUCGUCACCUUCUCUGACCGACCGUGGGAUCCAAGAAACCGACGAGGUUGAGAAUCAUGAGACAGACGAAAAAGCUCAAGUGGCCUCUGAGGUAGAAAUUGCUCCUGGGCCUGUCGCGCCACAAACGCAGGGGGUCGUCGACUCCACCCCGGCACAACCCGUCGCCGCCGAUCAGGAUGCGUCCAAGGCUGCUGAUUGUGACCAGUCUACUCCCGACGACUUAACCCCUCCAACUGUUCCAUCUUCUGCGGACGACAUCGCCGUAGAGAAAGCAUCUCGGCCUGUUUCAACUUCUGGAGAGAGCGCAAUUUCGGAAUCCUCGCGAUCAUUGCCUGGCAAACGCGGCUCGUUCGUACCCGGGGUUCAGCAUCAGUACGGGCGCUCGAGCCCAGGGAUAGCCUCCGUCAGCUCCGGCGUCGAACGCGCCGCAGUCCAGCGAUUGCCGGCACGACCAUCCACCUCAGUGGCGUCUUCUGUCUAUUCCAAGUCUCGUCGCUCAGGCAGUUUCAGCAGCAGCCGUGAGAAGCGUCCUGUCACUGCAGGUUCUACGACUUCUCAGGUAUCGAGCAAGUUGAAGGGUCUUAUCGGUCGCCCUGCAGAUACUGGCUCGCUUCGUCUCCGUACCUCGUCUGAGGUCAGCAGGGUCUCGACAAGGGAGUCGGCUUACGACGAUACGUCCGGCCUGGACGAGUUGAUCCGCAGCGAGGAAACAAUCCAUUUCACCUUGACUCCCAAGAGCAUGAGGGAAAUGGAGUUGCCGGAUUCACCUAGAUGGCGUGCUCAGCAAGCAGGUACUGAUCCGACCGACCUGCCGAAAAGCGUUGAACCGACCCCAGAUGACAUGUCUCGGUCGAGACACUCAACUGCAUCAUCGAAAAGCACGGUGGACCUUCCACCAGUACCCAAGUACAUCCAGUCGAAACCCAAAUCCAUCGAAAUUCCCGCCAUGGUCCAACAGCAGAAACCGGCUGCCGGACAGGCUCGGGAUGCGAAGCACAGCAUGGAAUCGACCCGUGAUUUUGCAAACUUUUUGAAGUCCACCGGGCCGAAUACUCCUACCACUCCUGCAACGGUUGAUGGUAGCCCUGCCAAGUCGUCGCGCCUGCGUCGGUUGUCUGAUGCCACUGAGAUUUCGAAGAAGCUGUCCCGGCCUGCGAGUAGCACCGUUUCUGUUGCAGCCUCUGCCCGUAGCGGUCCCCGCAUGGAAGCCCGUUCUGCUGUGGUUCCCCGGGGCGAUCAGUCGUCCGACUUGAUCGAUUUCAUUCGGGAAGGCCCACCAACGGCUGGGGCUCAUCGUAUUCCGCGUACUGUUGCGCCUUUCAGGGAUACCAUGGACUCGGACGAGCUCCAGGCUAUUGAGCCAGGUCGCACAAAGGGUGCCCCCUCCGUGGCUAGCACGCAAUCGGUAGCUGAGACGUCUCUGGUCUCCGUGGGCUCUCGCACAGGGCUUCUGGAAUCUACUAGUCGGACAAGCACUCCGACUGUCAUGGCCAAGGAAACGAAGACGACAUUUGCCGCUCCUGUGAGCGUAUCCGAUGACCACCGUCCGCCACGGACACGACGCCGUGUACCGGACCCUUACGCUAUUGACUUGGACGAUGACGACGAGCUUGAUGAGCUUCUUGAAGAUCCAAAGCCCAAACGUGAUGAGGAGAGUCUGAUCGACUUCCUGCGCAAUGUUCCCCCGCCAGAGCCCACUCCGCCACAACAGCCUUUGGCGGCCAAUGCAAACUCUCGGCGGGGCUCAGCAUCAGUGAAGGCUCGUCUGCGUCGGAACACCGCAUCCGAGAAGACACUUAUGGCGAAACCCUCCAAGACCUCUCUGCGUCAACAGCCCGAUAACUACAUGGGAGGCGCUUCGAACUAUACUGUCAAGGUCGGCAUGGAGCGCAAUGCGGGAGCCAUGAAUGGCGCCUAUGACCUCAAGACUCCCUCGGUGCGACAGACCGAGACCAGCGCACUGGCAGAUUUCCUCAAGAACACUGGACCUCCUGAGCCUCCCGUCAGCAAGGCUCCUGCUGCUACCAAGUCUAAGGAUUCGGGAUUCUCGCGACUCUUUGUUCGCCGCAAGAAGGUCGAGGCAUGA